AUUGUCAGAUUCUUCCUGGUGCCUGUGCCCAUACCUCUUCAGAAAUGGUGUUGCAUGGAAUUAAAGCCAUAUUUUUUGAUUUGGAUAACACAUUGAUUGACACUUCUGGAGCCAGCAAGAAAGCAAUAGAAGAGGUGAUUAAAUUACUUAAAGACAAAAGCGAAUUUAAAGAAGACGAAAUACAUAUUAUAUGUAAUAGGUUUCAAGCAAAACUGCUUCAUGAAAUGUUUGAUCCUUCUGAAAUGACCAUUGACAAUCUCAGGGUACUGCAUUGGGAGAAAUCCAUGCAGGAAAUCAAGCCUGGGGAUUACAAGGACUUGGCCAAUGAAUCAUAUGCAUUGUGGAAAACCAAGCGUCUUCAACUUAUGACCUUGUCGGAAAGCACCAGAAACAUGCUAGGUGAACUGCGGAAAUCAGUGCGCUUGGUCCUGUUAACAAAUGGAGAGAGGCAGGUCCAAAGAGAAAAAAUUGAAGCAUGUGGUGUUAGUGCACUGUUUGAUGCCAUUGUGGUGGGAGGAGAACAUUCAGAAGAGAAGCCAGAUCCAUCUAUCUUCCUCCACUGCUGUGACCUAGUGUCAGUAAAACCAGAGGAUUGUGUGAUGGUGGGAGACAAUCUGGACACAGACAUUCAAGGUGGACUGAAUGCGGGAUUGAAGGCAACCAUCUGGUUAAAUAAGAAUCCUCAAAUAAACCGCAAACCCAGCCCUACUCCUCAUUAUACUAUAUAUUCUGUGAAUAAACUACCUGAGGUUUUACAGAAUUUACAGUAG